UGGAGGUUGUCGGCGCGGCGGCGCGCCCGGAGGGUGGGCGGUGAGAUUGCGACUGCCCCAGCGAGCCGGGCGCCGCCCCGGUGUGCCCGCGGCUAGGGAGCUGGCGGCCGAACGGCGGCCGCCGUGCGCAGACGGGAGGACGCGGUCUUCGUUGCUGCCCGUGGACUUUCUCUAGUUGCAGUGAACGGAGGCUACUCUUGGUUGCAGAAAAAUUACCACCCAUGUCAUGGAUUUUAUCUAAUUGUGUAUAUCAUAUUUCUUUAUUCUGGAUAUGAUGGUAGCAGUAUAGGAAAUAUGCAUUAUUUCUCAUUUCUGGAGGUAGUCUUCAUCGCUGAAGGAAGAAGUUUUUUAAAGCUACAGCCGAAUUCAUUUUGGUACCUUUUAUGGAAAUACUGAUUUUGUUUUUACUUUUUUAUAACCUUUGGCAAAAGGUAUGAGCAAGCAAAGAGCUCAUCUCAUUAGGCAGGUCCACAUUGGUAAGAAUGCCUAGAAGAGGAUUGAUUCUUCAGACCCGGACCCAUUGGCUACUGUUGGGUCUCGCUUUACUCUGCAGUUUGAUAUUAUUUUUAUACCUUCUGGAAUGUGCCCCCCAGACUGAUGGAAAUGCAUCUCUUCCCGGUAUCAUUGGGGAAAAUUAUGGUAAAGAGUAUUAUCAAGCCCUCCUACAGGAGCAAGAAGAACAUUAUCAAACCAGAGCAACCAGUCUGAAACGCCAAAUUGCCCAGUUAAAACAAGAAUUACAAGAAAUGAGUGAGAAGAUGAGAUCAUUGCAAGAGAGAAAGAAUAUAGGGGCUAAUGGCAUAGGCUAUCAAGGCAACAAAGAGCAAGCACCUAGUGAUCUUUUAGAGUUUCUUCAUUCACAAAUUGACAAAGCUGAAGUUAGCAUAGGAGCCAAGCUCUCUAGUGAGUAUGGAGUCAUUCCCUUUGAAAGUUUUACCCUAAUGAAAGUAUUCCAGUUGGAAAUGGGUCUCACUCGCCAUCCUGAGGAAAAACCAGUUAGAAAAGAUAAGCGAGAUGAAUUGGUAGAAGUUAUUGAAGCUGGCUUGGAGGUCAUUAAUAAUCCUGAUGAAGAUGAUGAACAGGAAGAUGAGGAUGGUCCACUUGGAGAGAAACUGAUAUUUAAUGAAAAUGACUUCAUAGAAGGUUAUUAUCGCACUGAGAGAGAUAAGGGCACACAGUAUGAACUCUUUUUUAAAAAAGCAGACCUUAUGGAAUAUAGACAUGUGACUCUCUUCCGCCCCUUUGGACCUCUCAUGAAAGUGAAGAGCGAGAUGAUUGACAUUACUAGAUCAAUUAUUAAUAUCAUUGUGCCACUUGCUGAAAGAACUGAAGCAUUUGCGCAGUUUAUGCAGAACUUCAGGGAUGUAUGUAUUCAUCAGGACAAGAGAAUUCAUCUCACAGUGGUGUAUUUUGGUAAAGAAGGAUUAUCUAAAGUCAAGUCUAUCCUAGAAUCUGUCACAAGUGAAUCUGAUUUUCACAAUUACACCUUGGUCUCAUUGAAUGAAGAAUUUAAUCGUGGACGAGGACUGAAUGUGGGUGCUCGCGCUUGGGACAAGGGAGAGGUCUUGAUGUUUUUCUGUGAUGUCGAUAUAUAUUUCUCAGCCGAAUUCCUUAAGAGCUGCCGGUUAAAUGCUGAGCCAGGUAAGAAGGUGUUUUACCCAGUGGUGUUCAGCCUUUACAACCCUGCCAUCGUUUAUGCCAAUCUGGAUGUGCCCCCGCCUGUGGAGCAGCAGCUGGUUCACAAAAAGGAUUCUGGCUUUUGGCGAGAUUUUGGCUUUGGAAUGACUUGUCAGUAUCGAUCAGAUUUCCUGACCAUUGGUGGAUUUGAUAUGGAAGUAAAAGGUUGGGGUGGAGAAGAUGUUCAUCUUUAUCGAAAAUACUUACAUGGUGACCUGAUUGUGAUUCGGACUCCGGUUCCUGGUCUUUUCCACCUCUGGCACGAGAAACGCUGUGCUGAUGAGCUGACCCCCGAGCAGUACCGCAUGUGCAUCCAGUCCAAAGCCAUGAAUGAGGCCUCGCACUCACACCUGGGAAUGCUGGUCUUCAGGGAGGAGAUAGAGACGCAUCUUCACAAACAGGCAUACAGGACAAAUAGCGAAGCUGUUGGUUAAUGUUAUCAUUGACACAUUAGUCUGAACCACAAAUCAGCACUGUUUAUUUAGCCUUAAUUCCAACUCCAAAUGCAGUGCCUCUUUCAGAGAAGACAUGCUUAUCUCUUGUGUUCUUGCUGACAUUACUUUAGCAAUUUAACUUGGUGCGAGAAGAAAAAGCAAAUGUUGCAAUGCAGAGUCUCUGUUUUGUGAAUAUACUUCACUAUGGAAUCAUUGACAAAUCAAAAUCCGCUGUUUGUUCUAAGAGUAGUUUUUGAGUUACUGUCUGCCUGGCCUCAUGUUCCGCUGCGUAGCCUGGUUGCAUCUGGGCUGAGGAGUGGAAUGUGUUGUGCUGAAGGAGGGUCAGGAGCAUCCUGUUCCUGAAGAGAGGGUGGCGUGUUAUAGAUGGGGUGUGUCGACCAGGGCUGUUCCCCUGCCGACCACUGAGUCAACAUGCUUGGUUUUAAAUGAAGGUCUGGUCAAUUGCUUGAAGCAUCCUUUUUCACUGAUGCAGAGGAUAAUUAAAUGAUACAUCUAAAAUCCUCAACUAAUCAAGAGAAGGCAGAGAUAAAAAUCCCUCAACUUUGUGUUGCCUAGCCCCCUCAAUGUCUGUUUUUAAACAAAUGGGUAAUAGUAGAAAUACUAAGGUGAAAAUCUAUGACUUGAUUAAAAAUAUAAUGUGUUACUAAUAUAUCAUCCUGUUCAGGGUUAGGAGUCAAAGUUGCUAUGGACUGUUUUGAACAAACAGAAAUAAACAUGGAAACGUCUUUAACAGAACAGUUAAUUAUGCUGGAGUACAGGGUACUAGGGGUGUCUGGGAACAUCAGUUUAUAUGAGCCAGGGCUCUGUCAAGGCCUUCUUCUGGUUCAGAGUACAUGAGCAAAGCGUGGUGUUGUGUUUUACUUUGUGUUGUCUCAUUUAGCCUAGAUCCAUAUGUAUGUAUUAUUCUUUUUUCCUAAUAUGUUAAUUAUGCUACUUCUGUAUUUGCAGUAUUAUAAUACUUUGAGUUGAGGGGGAGUUUCACUGAAGGGAGCAAAACCACACAAUUUAAUGAGGCAUACCAUAAGAUCAUACUGAUUUGAGAGAAGGGGAGGAGGGGAAGGUUGUCUAAAUGGAAAUCCGAAUUACAGAAUAUUUUAGAGAAAUAUAUAACUUGCAGAUAGAAUGAUGUUUUAAUUGAGGUGUAAACUAUAUUAAUGCGACAAGACAAAUAAGAAAUAAUAUUCAGAUACAACUGUACUGUUAUUUUAUCACACAUGGAUCUUUGACCAUAGGGUCAGUUGCUAGAUCCACAAAUGGGAGAUAUGGUGAAAGGCAUGCAUAGAUUUUUGAACUUUUGGCUUUUAAAAGGGACCCGUAUUGAAUUCUUUCUAUUUGUAUAUAAACUCCUGAAAAUUCAUAGAAGACAAAUCAUUACUCUUUUUGCUCAGUAAAAUCAUAUCAUCUGAAAUAUUAUAAAUCCCAAAUUUCUUGGUGCUACGUGAAUUCAGUUUUACAAUAACUCUUAAUGUUCUUACAAGUUUUAAGUUGGAAUUGCAUUUAGGCCUGGUUUUUUAAGAUGUGUAAAAUGUUAUCUGCAAAAUUAUUCAGGCUGUUGUCUCCUUUUAUAUACAGUUAUUUAUCGUGAAGACCAGUGAAUUAAGGUAUUUAAAGUGAGAGAACCUAAUUAUUAGUUGCAGCUUGUUUUUUGACAGAAUCAAAUGAUUUUUUUUUCUCCUUUUUUUCUAAAACAAGCUUUUAAUUUAAAGAUGGAAGUUAAACAAUGGAAACAUUACUAUGCUUUUGACAGUAAACGGUACCAAUAAAGUAUUUUAUUACCAAAAGCUAAAUGAAAAUGUGAUAAGUUAGUUUUUCUGUUGUAGAAUAUCACAAAUACAGAAAAGUGUAUGACAUGUAAAUGUGUACUUUAAAGAAUAGUAAAGCCAGCACCAGUGCACCAGCUAUUCAGAUUAGGAUAUAGAACAUUACCAGUGAAAGGCCUCUGUGUGCCCUUUCUCGAUCACAUAACCUCACUCUCUCCAUAAUAGUCACUAUCCUGAUUUUUGUGAUAAUUUUUUCACUCAUUUUUCUUCACAGUUUUCCCAACUACGUAUGUAUCUCUACCCAAUAGACUGUUUUGCCUGUUUUGAAUUUUUAUGCAUGUUAUUUCAUUAUAUAUUCUCUAACUUUCAGUAUUAUGUUUUUGAGGUUCACUCAUGUUAAUCUCAAAAUUAAUCCAUUUUCAUUACUGACUAGUAUUCCACUGAAUGAACAUACUACAGUAUUUAUUCUACUCUUUAUAGAUAUUUGGAUGUUUAUAGUUUUUUUUCUUUUUUUUUGGUUUUCUUUUGCUAUCACAAGCAAUGCUGUCAUGAAUACUGCAGUGUGUGUCUCUUAUGAGUGUGUGAGAAUUUCUCUAGGAGUAAUGAUGCGAAGUCACCGGUUGUGUGCACAUUCAACUUACUUUCCAAAGUAGACCACCUCCAGCACUGUAAGAGAUUUACUUUGCAUCCUUGGCAAUACUUAAUUUUGUCAGGCUUAUUAAUUCUUGCUAACCUAGUGGGCUUUAGUGGGCUUUAGGUAUGAAUUGUAAUUAUAAUUAUAAUUUUCAUUUCCAGUCUUUUUGCCCAUUAUUAUAAGUUCAUAGGAAUUCUUCACGUAUUCUGGGUACCAAUUCUUGUUGGUUAAAUGUUUACAAAUAUCUUCUCCCAGGAUGUGGCUUGUCUUUUCCCAUUCUUGAUGAUACUUUUUGAUGAAUAAAAGUUAAAUUUAAUGUGUUUAAUCUUUUUCCUUUAUGUAUUCUUUUUUAUUAUUUAUGAGCUCAUAAUAGCGAAAGGUAUCUUAAAGCUAUUGUUCUGUAUUAUCUUCUGAAUACCUCAUACAUAGCUUUGCUUUUUCCAGCCAUAAAAGUGGAACAGGUUUUGUGUAUGAUGUGAGGUAAGGAUUGCAUUUCACUUUUUCCCAGCACUGUCUUACUAUGAAGUCCAUAUUUUACCCACUGAUCUGCAAAACCACUCUCAUCCAUCAGAUGUCAUACACGCACAGGUCUAAUCCUGGGCUCUCAUCUGUUCAACAGUUUAGGCUGUUUCAGCACGUCAUCAUAUCACAAUCUAAUAUUACUGUAACUUUAUAGAAGUUGAUAUCUCUAAGAGAUAGUCUACUCACCCUGUUCUUAAAGAUCAUCAUGGCCAUUUGUAGCCUUUGUACUUUUAGAAUAAGCUUGUUAAAUUUCACGAGAACUUUUGUGACUUUUAUUAGAAUCUCAUUGAAUCUAUAUAAGAUCACUUUGGGGAAAAUAUACAUCUCUUAUACAGAGCCCUCUGAUCCUUGGACAUGACAUUAUUUUGGUCUUAAUUAUCUUUCAAUUAAGUUUUAUACUUUUUCACAUAGUGAAUUUACAUGUAUUAUUUUUUUAAUUAUUUUUUCCUAAAUAGUUUGCAUUUUAUGCCAUUGUAACUAUCUUUUAUUGUAUUUUUAUUGUCUGUUGCUCAUAUUUAGAAAUCAAACUGAUUUUUGUGUGUUUUUUUGUGUUCAGUAACCUUGCCAAACCUUGCAAAUUAGUUCUAAUAAUGUAUUUCUAGUUUCUUUUGCAUUUUUUCUGUUAUACAAUCAUAGCUAUGAGUAGAAGUUUUGUUUCUUUUCAAUUUUUGUAUCUUUAACUUAUUUUUCUUAUCUUACCGCGCUUGUUAGGAUUUGUUGUGCAGUGUUGACUGGAAGUGAUAAUAGUGGACGUCCUGCUCAUAUUUCUAAUUUCAAGGGAGACAUUCUCAGUGUUUCAUCAGUAAGUAUGGUAUUUGCUGUAGGUGUUUUUAUAAAUACCCUUUAUUGAGUUAAUAAAGUUACCUUCUAUUAUAACUACUUGGCAAGUUUUUAUCAUGCUUAAGAGCAUUUAUCAAAUAUUUUUACUAUAUCUAUUGAGAUGCUUAUAUGAUUUUUUCCAUCUUUAAUAUGUUAAAUUGAUGAAUAAUUUUCUGAAGUACCCUUGCAUUCCUGGGGUAAAUGCCAGUCUGUCAUGAUGUAGUAUAUUCUCCUUAUACAUUGCUGGAUUCAGUUUGCAUGCAUACACACAUAUUUAUUUACAUAUCUAUAUAUUUCUGUGUGUGUGGGUGUGUAUAUGUAUUUUUUUUCAGGUGUUUUUCAUCUGUGUUCAUGAGUAAGAUUGCCUAUAUAUACUUCCUUUCUCAUCCUUGGGCUUUUCUAUUAAGGUUUUGCUAUCUUAUAAAAAACUUAAGGUGUUCCUUUGUACUCUGUUUCUAGAAAAGUUUUGUAAGAGUGUCAUUAUUUUUUCCUUUAAUAUUUGACAAAACUUCCUGAAAGCCACCUGGGCCUGAACUUUUUUAUAUAGGAAGAUCUCUGAUCACUGGCUCAAUGUAUAGAACUGUUCAGAUUUUCUAUUUCUUCUAGAAUCAGUUUUGAUUUGAGUUAUUUUAGGUAAGGUGCACUUUUCUAGGCAUUUAUACUGACAAAUUUGAAAUUUUAGAUGAAAUGUACAAAAUUGUUUGCCAUUUCUUCUUGCUAUCUGUGUAAUAUGUACAGAAUCUACAGUGAUAGCCUCUUUUUCACUCCUGAUAUUGUUUAUUUGUACCUUUUUUCUUGAAUAACCUUGCCAGGUGUUGGCAGAUUUUUCUCAGUCCUUUCAAAUAACUGACCCCCUACCAGCCCCACAUGAAAGAUCCAGUUGCUUCACAUCUCCCCAACACAACAUUUUCAGUUUUUAAUUUAGACUUUUUAAUUUGGGUGUGUACAAUUAUCUCAUUUUGAUUUUAGUUUAUCAUCAGGGAAAUGAUGUUGGGUAUCUUUUCAUAUGCUGUUGGUCAUUUGGAUAUCUUAUUUGUGAAAUACCUGUUCCAUUUUUUUGCCCUUUUUCGUUAAUUGGCUUUUUUUUUUUUUUUUUAAUGAUUUGUAGGAGUUACUUCUAUAUUCUGGAUAUGAGUCUUUUGUCAGAUUUAUAUAUUGCAAAUAUCUCCUCCCAGGCAGGGGACUGUUUUUCAUUCUCUUAAUAUUAUCUGUUAAUAAGAAAAAGUUCUUAGUUUUAAUAAAGAACAGUUUAUCACUUUUCUUUCUUUUAUGGCUAGUGAUUUUGGUGUCCAAUUUUAAAAACCUUUGCCUAAUCCAAAGUAAAGAAGAAAUGUUUGUGUUUUCUUUUAAAUGCUUCAUUGUAUAUUGCCUUUCAUAUUUAGAUCUAUGAUUCAUAUGGAAAUAAUUUUUAUAUAGUAUGCAGUAGGAGUCAAGAUUCACCCUUUAGAAUUUCUUUUAGUGAAGGUCUUGAUAGCAAACUCCAUUUUAGUUUAUAAAUAUCUUUAUCUCAUUUAAGAAAUAUUUUUGAAGGGUUUAAAAUUCUAGAUUGAGAAAUCUUCUAGCACUGUCGACUUUAAUAAUAUAAUCAGUUAUUUUACCAGCAAAAGUGAGUUUAUUUGGGAAUAGCCAGCAGGUUUAUUAGGGAAUAUCUUGCAAUUCAAGUUAUGUGAACUGCGGUGGACCAUAGGCAAAUCAGAAAACAAGGAAAGGAAACUUGCUUCUCUAGGGUGAAAGGGGGACCUGGGAUGGACUAUAUUAACCAAAGGGUCCAUUGGAGGAAACUGGGAGUUCAGAGUAUGGCAGCUUCUCAUUGGUGGGCUUCUGUAGUCUCUGAUUGGCUGGGUUGUCCUAGGGGAGAGAGGUUUUCUUCUUCCUAGUUGGUGGUAAAGCAGGUAACACCUUCCUGUGAUGGAGAUGUUUGCUCCCUCUCUUCCUGUUUGGGGUAAUUGAUGUUGCACAACUGGGUAUGAAAUUCCCCCUCCAGGCCUGUCCCAACUCUGACUCUAGCUGAGGCUUCUUUAAUUCCACACACAUUGAUCUUACUAUCCCACUGUCUUCUGCCUUCAGUUAUUUCUGUUGUGAAGUAAGCUAUCAGCUUAACAGUUGACAUGCCUUUGAAGGUAAUCAACCAUCUUUUUCUCUGGCUGUCUUUAAAAUCUCUUCUUUAUCUCUGUUCUGUAUCACUAUGAUAUGUCUGUGUGCAGAUUUUUUUUUUUUUUCCCCUGAUCCUGCUUGAGAAUCUUUGGGCUUCUUGGAUUGCUAUCCUUUACCAAUUCUGAAAGAUUCUCAGCUAUCACAUUUUCAUUGUCUCUGCUUCAUUUUCUCUCUCUUUCCUUCUAUAACUGGUAACACGUUAAACCUGUUUCAUAUUUAUCUAAUCUUUGUCUCUCUGUGUUACAUUCUGGUAAUUUCUAUAGAAUUUUGUCUAGAUGGAUUUGGGAAAGAACCAAAUAGAGCAUUUAGAAAUCCAGCAGGUGGGUUUAACAGAAUAUUAGAUACAGCUGGGGAGAGACUUUUUAAACUGGAAUAUAGGUCAGAAUGUUUGCUUCUACUGAGUAACUUAGGGACAGUACCAGUUCAGGGCCGUGUUAAAAUUCUCAGCUUAAAGUUUUUUUGACCAGUGUGAUUUGUGCUGCAAAACUUUGUGAAACUCGCUGACUUGUGGUUUUAAAUUAUUAAGGGUGAAUUUUCCCCAUCUCCAUUCAGUGCUGAGAUUCAGAACGGGCAGUCUUCCUUAAUCCCCUUGGUGGGAUUGGAGAAGGGGCGUUUUAUUUUAAGUUCACUGAGGGGUGGCUCUUUGGGAUGUCAACUUUAUGGUCCGGGGUCUCCUGUUUGACCUUUCUUCUUGAGCAGGCUCUGGACUUCUUCUCUGUCCCCCUUGUGGAUUGAAAAGUGAAGCUCUGGGUUUCUGCUUUGACCUAGAUGUUACAAGUCCUGCAUAAGUUUAUUCGUCAAUUUCAGUAGGCAGGCACUUAGUCUUCCACGCCGCCAGAAACAGGCAGGCGCUUAACUUAAACUUUCUUACAUUCCUGACAACACCGUUCCCUUAACAUUGCUGCUGAAGAUCCCUACCUGAGAGUCCUGGGUGUGUUGAGAUAGACACAUGUGGAGGGUUUGGGCAGCAGCCCCUCACCUUCCUCCCAGUAUCACGACUGCCUUUUUGAGAAUAAAGAUAGAAAUUAUGUUGGCAUGAUCUAAGGUUUCCAACCUAUAGGUGGGUAGGAAGUUUUUCAUUUAGAAAGUAGUUUUGAAUCCUAACUUUGUGUGAAUUUUUUCUCAUAUGUUUGUAUAUUGGUUAUAUUUGAUACUUAAGUAAUUCUUUGGUGAUGUUAAAAUAUAUUUGUAUUGACCAGGUUUUGAGUUGUUCUGUUGAGAGGGGUGCUUAUAAUCCUUUGCUUCACUUUUCCCAGAAGAUUCCUCUGUCUGUGGGGUGUCAGGGGUGCCACUGCUGGUACACAGCUAACACCGCUUCAGAUGAAGCAGGUGUUGCACUUUCUGCCAAAUAACAUUACAGCAACCCAUGAGAUCAAGAGUAUUGUUAAUUCCAUUUUAAUGAUGGAAAAACGGAGGUGUCCGAGGGUACCCAGCUGGGAACUGGAAACUAGGGCUCAAAUCCAAAGAGCUCUUGAUUCCUUGCUCUUUCACUUAUCCUGUCUUGCCUCCCUGAGGAACGUGACAUACAUUUUACAAAUGUGUAGGUGUGGUAGGUGUAUAAAAAUCUUACUUUUGUCACAGAAGUCUUUAUGGCAUUAGUAGAGCAUCUUAGCUUAUCUUCCUGUCACAUGCUAUUAACAGGUUUGUCCCUGAAACGUGUAUGUAAAGUGAAAGGUAGCCCCUGGUCAUCACAUGGAGUUAGGAACCACAUACCACGCUGGUCACUGGCCACACAGCUACACGCUGAGAGGCUUCUGCGCAGAAAGCGCUGAGACUCAGGUGCGUGCGGCGGAGGCAGAUGCCAGCAGUGUGACGUGGAAGGUGGGGCAGGGCCCGAGCAGCACAGCGCCGCUCGCCAGGAAGUUGUAAGGAGACCCAGAGGACGUGUGUGAGAAUGGGGUGGCAAGGGUCCUGCAGGAGGUGCGCGUGCACGGCAUGUGAGUCUUGUGUCCAAGCAGCCACGUGCCCCUGGGGGAGGUGGCCUGUGAGGGUGGGCGGGAGCCAAGUCCCACAGAGCCUGACCUGCCAGGAGAGCUUCUCAGGCUUGCCUGGGCUCCCCCCCCAAUAUGUUUCCCGUUGAGCAGGGCUGCGCUGGGGCCGUGAGAACAUCUCAGACAAGUUCCCACGUUGCUGCUGCUCCGAGGCGGGACCCACACCUCGAGAAGCAGCGGCUGGAGGGGCGCCGCGUGGGUGAGGGGCAGUGCCGUGGCUGGCCAAGCCAGCGCCCCGUGGCCCCCAGCUUGGCUCCGCGCCCCAGGCACAGACCAAGGGAUGUGCCGCCCCUUCUUCAGCUGAGGUAGGUAGAAACUUCCAAAAAUAACUACCAAGAAAGUAAGGAUGCCAUAGAAUGCAAAGACGUUAAAAGUGGUGUCACUUACCCCAAAUUCACUUCGACACCCUCACAGGGGUCCUCUUUCACUCCAUAAACACCUGAGCACCUACUGUGUGCUGUCUACUCCACAAAGCACUUGAAGGGGCAGCAGGUGAGGAGGCCCCGCGGGCCUAGCCUUCUGUCCAAUACGGUGGCCGAUAUUUAAACGUAAAUAAGGCUAGAAGUUCUGUUCCUCAGUCGCACUGGCCACAUUUCAGUGCUCGGUCCCGCUGCGUGACUAGCAGCCACUGCGUCGGAUGGUGCAGCACAGGGCGCCUCUCCUCAGGGAGAGCGUCCUGCUGGGCGGCGCUGCUCUCACGGGCUGCGUUGGCUCUGAAGGAGCGGAGUCGGGCCUGGUGAGCCGCCCCGAGCAGACCUCAUCCAGCCUGGGCACUGGUGACAGGGUGGCCACAGGACAGGCAGACGAGAGCAGUUCUCAGUUCUUCUCCUUCAGUGCCACAAGCUCGCGCUCGUGUGCCCCUCAACAAAUCCCUUUCCUUUAGUGCUCCUGAGGGUGACCCAUUGAGACAGAAGGAGAACCAGCUGCAGAAGGACGUCAGCAGGCACUCCCCAACGUCCCAGCCCCCGAGACCCCCGGCGCCCGUGGACACCAAAGGUUCUCAGUAGUUCUGCAGUAAAGGAACCUUGACAGUCAUUUAAGGCCCCCUGGCCCGGGCGUCCCCAUGCCUCCUGCCAGCAUCAGAGCCGCCCAACCUCCCCAGCCGCACACCGAGAACAGGCACACGAGGGGAGCGACAUGUUCUUUUAUUGAUGAGUACUUUCAGUCACACCAACAGCUGACAUCCUGCAUUAUGGUACAGCUUUACACUCAGAGUUCAUCUCAGAAUACCAAAACGUCAUAGAUAGGGGCUGAGGGCGACAGCAGUGGAUCACAGAGCCACCUCCCCCCGAGGCCUCCCUUCACAUCUCCAGGCUCUCCUAGGAGUUUUGGGAAUUAGCAACUAGCUGACCUGUCCUCACCCAGGCCUCCCAGCUGGAGGCUCCGGCGGAAGCCAGCCACACAGAGAAACAGGUUAUGUACAAAAUGGACCCCAACCAGUGAGGCCUCCUCAUCUCAACCCACAUCAAUCAAGAUUAACACUCAGUACAUGUGUGCUUCAUCCAGCGUCUGCAGGCUGCACCCGUGCCUUCAGGCUCUGUUAAGGAGAGUGGUCCUAAAGGCUCGGGCUGGUCUUGGGGGCUCACCAGACUGUUCCUGGAGUUCUCCUACCUGAGGGUCUUCCAGCUGUCCUUUUCCAUGUGGUUCUCGGGACCUUCACUUUCAAAGGAGGCGAUGAAGAGAGCUGAAAGACAAGAAGCCCCUCAGAAGCCAUGUCCACACGCAGUCAGUAUCCUCCCAUCACAGUUACCCCUCCUCAAACCCUCCCUUCUAGGGUGGAGCAAGACCUGGGAAGGAAAUCGCAGACCAAGGAGGCAGUGACUUCUGGCCAGGGCUGGUCCCCAGGUCUCUGCUGCAUGGGUGGGGACCCUGAGACAUUUCCUGGUUCUGCAGCGCUGGCCUAACUCCCUCAAGUGGCCUCAGGAGCCUGAUCGCUUCUCCUGCUUCUCCUUCACCUGCCGUCCGCCCACGGCCCGCCCUCAUGCACUCAGCCCUGCGAGCGGAGCAUCCCCAGCCCAGCAUGGGAAUAACAACCCCGCGAGGGCACCCUGCGUGGGUCAGGGUAACCUUUGCAGCGUGUGGCAGUGGCCCUUACCUUCCUCGCUGUAGAUGGGAGCCGUCAGCAGGCUGACACCUCCCAAACUGGACCAGCUCCACAAGACACACGCUUGCAGAAACUGCAUUCUGUGAUCAAAUACAUCGGAUCAAGGCUGUCAGUCCCUGAGCCACCCAGACAGCCUGGGACCAUGGGAAGCUGAGCCAGGAAAAGGCUGCGCACUGCCUAACCUGGAGCUGUCGGCCUGCUUUUGCUGACCAACUCCUUACUAAUCGUCCCCAGCCCUUUGCUUUAGGCUACAGGUCCUCACUGUAGUCCCGCAGCCAGGUCAGCAGACACACCCAGCACCAGACGGCGCUUGGGGCAGCAGGCCCUCAACAAGGGCCCAGGGCGUGACGGGAGGCUCGGGCUGACGCAGGACGAGGCACGGUGCCCACCUCUAAGACGUCGAACUUGGCCGUCUUGACUUUGGACCACGUUUUCUUCAGCCUCGCCACAGGACUGAGGUUCAUGCCAGCUGCAGGGGGUGACAGGUGGGAUCAGGGCGGGGCAAGGUGGGCCACACAGCCCUGAAGGGGGAGCCCCUGGGGCCCGCGCACUCACAGAUGAUGGCCAUCAUGGAGUUGAAGUUCCCGAUGUUGAAGCACUCUCGGGCCACGUCGAUGAAGAACUCCAGCAUGCGGGUCCGGUGCUUCUUCUUCACCACCUGCAGGGCAGCCAGGCUGCUCCGUGCGGGCCCCCCCGGGGGUCAUCCCUUCCCGCACCAGCCCCCGAGAGGGAGGGCAGCCUGGACGGGAGCUGCCCUGGGCCCUCACAGCUGUUAGAGUCAGGGUGAGGGGAGGCUCGCAGGCUGCGGAGACAGGAAGUGCAGCUGUGGCAUUUUCGAGGCUGGGCAGGAGGGCCGCCUGCGAGGACCAGGGGAGCCCCAGAGGCGCGGGCAGGCCACGCUGGGCACCCGGUGCCGCCACGGAUGGGUCUCCAUUGUAAUUUAAGGCAUCACUGUUGGACGUGGGGCCGUGGAGGGGUUGGCACUUCCAAGGCCCUGGCAAUAAAAGCAUCUUGUCUCCA